AUGUCAAACGUCCCUACAAUCUUGCUGUGUAGAGACAUACCGAGCACACUUCUCAAAAAUGCAGAGGAGAAGGGCUUAAUUCAGAUCAUUCGACGAUCAGAGGACGGACCCGCUCCAAAAGAAUGGAUUAGAAGCAAUAUCACAAAUGCAAAUGCAAUCAUUGUCACACUAACCGAACCUCUAUCUGAGGAAAUGAUUGAAGCAGGAAAGAAGCUACAAGUUGUUAGUACGAUGAGCGUGGGAACAGAUCAUAUCGAUACCAACGCAAUACAGAAACGUUCAAUUAAACUUGGUACAACCCCUGAUGUCUUGGACGAUGCAGUUGCUGAUUUAACUUUGUUGUUAACUUUGGCAGCUAUGCGCAACCUUUCAUAUGCCUCUCGAAUCGUUCAACAAGGUCAAUGGUCUAAGCAUCCUUGGUCACCUUUGGCAUUUUGUGGUCCUUCUUUACGUGGUAAAACGAUUGGAUUUGUUGGAUUUGGAAACAUUGCUCAAACCGUUGCUUCUCUUAUGCUUAUGUUUCAACCGGGACGGAUAUUGUACACAACAUCAAAACCGAAGCCGUUUGACAUUCAGUCGCCCGAUUUUAGCCGACUGAGGGAGAGAGCUUCGGCCAGCUCCGAUAUUGAGAUUCGCAAUGUACCAGAUUUGCAGCAGCUUGCCAAGGAAUCCGAUGUGGUCAUUACUCUUACCAGCCUCAACCCAUCUACCAAACAUUUGAUUGACGAAAAAUUCUUGUCAAGCAUGAAAAGAUCAGCAUACUUAAUCAACACUGCACGAGGUCCGAUUGUCGAUACUAUAGCCCUGGCACAAGCGUUGGAAAGUGGUCAAAUUGCAGGAGCAGGCUUGGAUGUUUUAGAGGGAGAACCAAAUAUUUCAUCAGAACAUCCUUUACUACAAGAAUCUUGUCGUGAUCGUGUUUUGAUUUUGCCGCACAUCGGAAGUGCAACAAAUGAGGCUAGACAAGCAAUGGCAGAUCUGUGCGUCAAACAUGUGCUAGAUCAGUUCUCAGUCUCAUUGUGA